AAUAAAUGGAUUAUGUUUUUAGUUGAGAGAGCAUGUCAGAAACCCUCAUCCGUGUUAUGUACAUUUAAUUAUAGCGAUCUGAAGAGUAAACUACAUCUUUGCUUUUCUGCUUUCCCGCUGUUCAUUUUUUCAUUUGUGAGACCAAAUGACGUGUGAUGAGGUGACAGCAAACGAACUGCGGAAGGUGAAGACAACACACCAGCACAAGUGGUUUAACUUGGAUGGGCUACAGGUGGAUUGACACACACACACAGAGCAGAGGACAUGUGGUGGUUCCAGCAGGGUCUGUGUAUUCUACCAGUGGCUCUGGUAUUAUGGACGGCAGCCACGUUCAUCUUCGCUUACGUCACGGCUGUGGUGCUGAGACAUGUGGACCCACUGGUGCCAUACAUCAGUGACACAGGGACCGUUGCCCCAGAGAGAUGUGUGUUUGGAAUAAUGCUGGACAUGUCAGCAUUCUUAGGUAUAGCCACCAUGUAUGUACGCUACAAGCAGGUCCAAGCCUUGACAGACGAGGAGGAGUCAAAGCUCCAUAAACUCAACGUCUUGGGCCUGGUGCUGGGAUGGACCAGCUCAUUUGGCAUGUGCAUCGUCGCUAACUUCCAGGUACCCAUUGACUUAAAACCACUGUUCUCCAUGCACCUGGUGGGGGCGAUAUUGACGUUUGGCGUGGGGGCCCUGUACAUCCUGGUGCAGAGGCUGGUGUCUCUGUACAUGCAGCCUCACGUCCACGGGAAGAGUAUAUUCUGGGUCCGACUCAGCAUUGGAGUGUGGACCUUCGCCAGCAUUAUCAGCAUGUUUGUGUCAUCUGUCAUCAUGUACAGCAGUCUGCCUGGAGUGGACGUGGCCCAUAAACUGCACUGGAUACCUGGAGAGACGGGCUACAUUCCUCACAUCAUCAGCACCAUCUCUGAGUGGUCUCUGGCUCUCUCCUUCAUCAGUUUCUUCCUCCGCUAUAUCCGAGACUUCCAGAAAAUAACGCUGCGGGCAGAAGCGGACCUAAAGAGUAAUCACAUGAAUGAUUCGCCACACUACAGCGUCACCACACCUGUCAACCAAUCAGAGACCUCUCCACUGCUGGCGGGGGGCAUCUGAACAAGACCACUCCUAGUAGUGUGAUGGAGUCAAGCUGUAAAUGUGAACAAACUGAAUGGAAUAAAUGAGAUUAUAAACCGGA